AUGCAGCCGCCAUACUUUCUUGUUCUUCUGCUACUAAUUUUUGUUCGAAUACAAUUAUUUUCCACCUUUUCGUGCCUCGAACCGAAUGGUGCACGCCCCAAAUACUGUAGAAAAGAAUGUAAGACCGACGACGAUUGCAAAAGGCACAAACGCUGCAUGUGCGAUGGUGAAUGCGGCCUAAGCUGCGUGAAUCCAGCGUCUACAUGUCAUCCAUUGGGUGAUAUUGAAAAUGGUUAUAUUCGAACUGCAGGAGAGCUAAGGUUUGGUGCAAAUGCCGAAUACGCUUGUAAUAAGGGUUUCGUGUUGAUCGGCCCGUCUCAGCGACGAUGUCAAGGCAAUCGAGAAUGGAGUGGUGCUCAACCGUCAUGUCGACUACAGAUAAGAUGUGGGCCUCCACCGGAGAUGCCUUAUGCGGUGCAUGACGGCUCGUCAUUCACUGGUGAAUACGAUCUGGAAGCCGAAGGUCUAGCACUUGCAAAAUGUCUGCUGAAUCGGAAGAAUGUAGCUCAAUGGUUCGGACCUGAUUUGAAAUGCAAGGCACGUUCAUGCCCCGAUCCGGGCAAGCUCGAGAAUGGAGUUCGCCAUGGCGAUUGUUCCAUUGCGAUCCAGGAUUUCUGCUUUUGGGACAAUCGACGCGAAAAUGCGAAAGCAAUGGCGACCACUGAAUGUCCACGCCCACCCGAUCCGUUGCAUGGACGAGUUCUCGGUACUUCUCUAACCUACCAGUCUACAGUGACGUACUCUUGUAAGGAAGGUUACAGACUAGUGGGUCAAGUCCAACGAAUAUGUCUUGCCGAAGGCAUAUGGGCUGGCACCGAGCCGAAAUGUGAAGAAAUUCGUUGCCCUAACCUACCACCGCUCAGUAACGGAUAUAUCGAAGGCGGUGACACGUAUUACGGAGCAAUUGCAACUUUUCGAUGCCUCGAAACAAUGUCUCAUGAAGGAGCGACAAUGGCGAAAUGCAUGGAAUCAGGUCAGUGGAGCCAUCCGUUACCGAAAUGUUUAGGUUCGUGCAAAAUUCCACGUGUAGAAAACGGUCACAUUAAAGGAAAAAUUGUGGACCAACUGAUCAUCUCGGGGGCCACUGUAGAACUAUUAUGCGACGAUCGAUACGAGGCAAAUAUGCGAACACUUAUGCAGUGCCACAAUGGGACAUGGAGCCACGUGCCAACUUGUUCACCAUUGAAUUGUCACGACUGGCCACCGCGUGUCGCUAACGCUCGCGUACUUUUCUCGAAGUCGUCGCAUGGAGCGAUCGCUAAGUAUGAAUGCAAUAGAGGGUAUUAUCCAAAUAAAGAACAUCAAACGAUCAAGUGCCUUUUUGGCCGAUGGACUCGAGAAGUUGGACCAUUGAAGUGUUUGCCGACAUGGUGUCAUCAUCCGUCACGUACGUUUGGAACACUUGUUGGUGGAAAGAUUUUAUUAGAGGGUCAAAUGGGUGCCUAUGAGUUCGCUAAGUAUAUUCAAAAAGUCGACGAGGGAAGGUCGAUUGUCUUCCAAUGUAACAAGGGUAAUUAUCUUAUCGGUGCCCCCAAAGCUUCAUGUGUUAACGGCACAUGGAUGCCAAAAGUUCGACCAAAAUGCGUAUUACAAACACAUCCAAUGAUCGAGGGACGAAUCAUGUGGGAUCGAAGGAGACGCGAAGUUGAAGGUAAUAGCACGUCGUUGCAUUCCGAAACGCGCUCUUUAUUUACUCGAACGGCGGAUUGCCCAUCAGUUCUCAGUAGUUCGGAACGUGUCGUCGUUGUGCAUGAGGAUAAUGACAUUACUAUCAUUUGCAGAGAGGGCUUUGAGUUUCCAUUCGAGUUCAUAGAUGGUCGGUCGGUAUGUGUGAACGGCACUUGGGCACCAGCACCGCCGGAAUGUGUACCAAAAUCUUGUCGAAUACCUGUACGAUUGCAUGUAUUCUUCCUCAAAAGGCGCACUUCUCAAAUUCUUCAAUCCGGUGACGUCAUUGAGGAUGGAACGUCGGCAACAAUGAUUUGUGUACGAGGAUUUCAUCUUCAAGACGAAUGCUUUUUGCCAUCACUGAGCGUCGGUUUCAUUUCUCCCGCAGUACGGACACUGACCGAGGGUCAGGCGGCUGUACUGUUGUGCGGUUCGCACAAUGUUACCAUUACCUGUAGAAGAGGAGUCAUCGCACCCACACCAAGUUGUAUUGGAAACGAAACCACAUUUUGCGUCGCUCCAAGAGACACAACAUCGGCGCUUAUCUACAGUGUCGUAAAUGGUCAACGUAUUGAGCUUGACCGUUACCAGUCGGCCUACCCGAAUGGGACAUUCUUCCAAUACAAGUGUGUCGAUUACGUUGAAGAGGCCAGCGGCAUUGAGUGCGUGAAUGGUGAAUGGAUCAGUAAUCUUUUGCCUUGUGUGUCGAAUAACGUCACAGUAUCGACUUGGAGGUAUUCUUUUGACGAAGAUAUGUGCCGAUUGCCAUCACUGGAGAAGACGAUGAGAAUCAUUAACAUCGACAACUACAUGCCGCAGAAUCAUCACAGAUUCGCUCACGGCACCGUAUUGAUGGUGGGAUGCGUGGUCGGCGGUCGUGUCGACGAGCAUAUGGAGUUGAAGUGCCGAAGAGGAAAAUGGGGGAGAAGAAAUCGAAUCAACUGUGACAUUCAUGGGCGACCUUGCGAAUUUAAGGUGCAGUUGAAUUCGCGCACUCUCGUUUAUCACGUUGAGAAGAAAGCAGUUGUGUUGUUCAACCAACUUUUCGAAGAAGGAUCACAUUUAAAAGUUCGUUGUGUGAAUGUGGGCACUGAUCGGCUGAAAGGGACUUCAGAAUUAGUUUGUCGUGAUGGAGCGUGGUCACACCCGACCCCGUACUGUGUUCCACUCGAUCCUCUUAGCCGAAAUGAUUCACCACCACCAAUAAUAAUUGACGUCACUAACGGGGCCCACGCGUAUUCGCCGACUGGUGAACUAAUAGUGGCUCGAAGUACCACAGUCACCCUAUCGUGUGUCACACCAAGAAAGAAUGGACAAACAAGAUGGGAGUAUUCUUCGACGUAUCGAACUUAUCCACAACUGUGGACAAAAGUACGAGCCUUGGGCAUUGAAAAGGCUGACGCAAAUCAGCUCACUGUGACAAUCGCUCAACCGGAAGAUAAUGGUCUGUUGCAUUGCAUUCUACCAAACGGUGAAAGAAAUACGAUACGCAUUCGGGUAGAAGAUCGAUUUUGUCCCCCACAACGAAACUCUUCACAUUUGUCUGUAUUUCUGACAAGAAGGAAUCUUUUCAUCGGGACUGUAGCGCAGUACUCCUGUCCAGUUGGCUACAAGGCGCAGGGGAUCACAACCACUGUUUGUGAGGACGACGGUACUUGGAGUCACUCACCACCCACAUGUCAUGCAAUUCAAUGCCCUCCACUGCCCGUAGACGGUCGGACGAUGUCAGUUAUCGUGUCUUCUUACAAAUUCGGUGGAAUUGCACAGUUCCAAUGUGCCAAAGGCUUUACGCUCGUUGGCUCUGAGCAUGUCCACUGCCAAAGUGACAGCACAUGGAGCGAUAAAGUACCGGUUUGCACUGUUGUGAUGUGCAGUCACUUGGAACCGCCUCCGAAUGCUGUGCUCUUGACACCAAUACGUACUCAUUAUCAUCGAGGUGAUGUAGUAUUGCUUGGAUGCCUUCCAAAUCAUAUUCUGACUGGUGGUGACUUCGUUUUGUGUCAGGAAAAUGGAGAAUGGACUAAUUUCAUCACAAAAUGCGAUCCUUUCUGUCGUCAUCCUGGUGUGCCAUUACAUGGCGCUGCCACGUCACCACCGAAAGACUACUAUUUAGUUGGUGAGAAAAUUGUCUAUUAUUGUCCUCAACAGGAAUACAAACUGAGCUCUGAGAAUGUGCUCACAUGCAUCAGUGCUGGAAGAUGGUCCUCAAAACUACCUCUCUGUCUUCUUGAUAAUUGA